UCCGAUUUGAAGUGCGUCCAACUCAGUCGCCAAUAUGUACACUACCGUGUUACUUGUGGCGACGGCCCUGCUCGGCGGCGCGCUCGCGCAGCAGCAGUACAGCCGCGACCCGCAGACGGCCGCCAUCCUGACGGACGCCCGGUACCUGUCCGGCGACGGCACCUUCGGCGCCGCCUACACCCAGGAGGACGGCGUGCAGUUCAAGGAGGAGACCGACGCCAACGGCGACCGCCGCGGCGCCUACAGCUACGUCGACCCGUCCGGCGUGCGUCGCACCGUCAGCUACACGGCCGGCAAGAACGGCUUCCAGGCGUCCGGCGACCACCUGCCCCAGCCGCCCGUCCCCGUCGCGGCCCCCGCCCCCGCCGCCCCCCAGUACCAGCCCCAGCCCCAGUACAACCCCGCGCCCGCCGCGCCCCAGUACAACCCCGCCCCCCAGGGCGGCUCCUACGACGAGACCGGCGAGUACGACCCCCGCUACAACGACCCCGCGUUCCAGCCCAACACCGGCUACCGCCCCCAGCCCCAGCAGUACCAGCCGCCGCCCCAGCAGUACCAGCCGCAGCCCCAGCAGUACCAGCCCCCCGUCAACGCCAUCCCCCAGUACAACCCCACGACGCCGCCCCCGCACCGCUUCUUCCCCCCCGGCAAGCUGGACCUCAACAGGACCCCCGACGGCUUCAGCUACAGCUUCAGCAAGAGCAGAUAGGCGCGCCCGCGGCCCGACCGCGCCAAGCUUAAUUUAAUUCACCAAAACAAAACAUCGCAAAAAAAGAAUAAAAACCGGAAAACCGUU